UUCAUUUUAAAAUUCCCCGCCACCAUUUGGAUCCUCUCCUUUCUUUCUCCUUGUCGUGCAGUUGCAGAGAAGCUUAUUGAACAAGCAGCAGGCAAGCUACACUUUCUAUUAGGACUCUGGAGGCUCAUUUUACUUUUUCUGGAUAAGAAACAUGAAGUAGCCCAGUUCAGGUUUGGUCUGUUCUACUCACCUAUGAUUUUAUGAUAACAGUAUUUCUCCCUUUGUAGGGUGUGAAGUAUAGCUGCUACAACAUGGGUGACUCUUCAAUGGAGGAUACAAGCAACACACUUCGAGUGCUUGUUGCAACUGAUUGCCAUCUGGGCUAUAUGGAGAAGGAUGAAAUCCGCCGGCAUGAUUCUUUUCAGGCAUUUGAGGAGAUAUGCUCAAUUGCAGAGCAAAAGCAGGUAGAUUUCUUACUUCUUGGUGGUGAUCUCUUCCAUGAGAACAAGCCCUCAAGGUCGACUUUGGUGAAGACCAUAGAGAUCCUUCGCCGUUAUUGCCUCAAUGAUCGACCAGUGCAAUUCCAAGUUGUCAGCGAUCAGACAGUUAAUUUUGCAAACAUAUUUGGGCAUGUCAAUUAUGAAGAUCCCAACUUCAAUGUUGGUUUACCAGUGUUUAGCAUUCAUGGAAAUCAUGAUGAUCCUGCUGGAGUGGACAACCUUUCUGCAAUUGAUAUCCUUUCUGCAUGCAAUCUUGUGAACUAUUUUGGGAAAAUGGUCCUCGGAGGCUCUGGUGUUGGUCAGAUCACUAUCUAUCCUAUACUUAUCAAGAAGGGUUCAACAGCUGUGGCUUUGUAUGGACUAGGAAACAUUAGAGAUGAACGACUUAAUAGAAUGUUUCAGACACCACAUGCUGUACAGUGGAUGCGACCUGAAACUCAAGAAGGGUGCCAAGAUUCAGAUUGGUUCAACAUCCUAGUACUUCAUCAAAACAGGGUAAAGGCAAAUCCCAAAAAUGCGAUAAAUGAGCAUUUCCUGCCACGAUUCCUGGACUUCAUAGUGUGGGGUCAUGAACAUGAAUGCCUUAUUGAUCCCAAGGAAGUUUCAGGGAUGGGCUUCCACAUUACUCAACCAGGUUCCUCUGUUGCAACUUCACUAAUUGAUGGGGAAGCAAAGCCUAAGCAUGCACUUCUUUUGGAAAUUAAGGGAAAUCAAUAUCGCCCCACUAAGAUACCACUAAAGUCAGUUAGACCUUUUGAAUAUACUGAAGUUGUAUUAAAGGAUGUAAGUGACAUUGAUCCCAAUGACCAAACAUCCAUUCUUGAACAUUUGGACAAAGUGGUUAGAAACCUAAUAGACAAGUCUAAUGAAAAGGCUGCCAGCAGACCAGAGAUCAAGCUACCAUUAAUCCGAAUAAAGGUGGAUUACUCGGGAUUUAUGACAAUAAACCCUCAAAGGUUUGGGCAAAAAUAUGUGGGGAAGGUUGCAAAUCCACAAGACAUUCUUAUCUUCUCAAAGACCACCAAAAAGAAUCAACCUCUUGGAGAGAAGAUCGACGAUUCUGAAAGGCUUCGCCCAGAAGAACUGAACCAACAAAAUAUAGAGGCCUUAGUUGCUGAAAGUAAUUUGAAAAUGGAGAUCCUUCCAGUUAACGAUUUGGAUGUGGCAUUGCAUGAUUUUGUUAACAAGGAUGACAAAAUGGCUUUUUACACUUGCGUGCAAUACAAUCUUGAAGAAACUCGUAACAAAAUCUCUCGGGAGUCAGAUACUCUGAAGUCUGAGGAUGAAGAUUUGAUUGUUAAAGUUGGAGAGUACAUGCAGGAACGUGUAAAGGAAAGGUCAGCUCGCUCUCAAGAAGGCACACGGUCCACAUCAAUUUCGCAGUCAUUAGAGGGUUUCAGGGGUAAAAGUAAAGCAGGAUUUGGAAGUCAAGUUGCAUUUAGUGAUGAUGAAGAUGCUACACAGAUGCCCUCAAUCUCUCACUCUGCUGUCAGAGGUAAAAAACAAUCAUCUGCAGUUUCUGAAACUGGUAGGGGCAAAGCUUCUACAAGAGGCAGGGGCAGGGGCAGAGGCAGAGGUUCUGGUAGCUUAAAACAAACAACUCUUGAUGCAACUAUGGGAAUCCGCUCAUCUGUGAGAUCUUCAGCAGUUGCUGCAUCUGUUGCAGUUCACAGUAUUGCUGUUGAAGAAGAUGAUGUGGAUUCCUCUUCAAGUGCUGAAGAGAAGUAUGAAGCAGAUGAGGUUGAUAAGAGUUCGGAAAAUGAAGAAAAUGUCCAAGGAAAAGGUCGCAAAAGAGCUGCUUCAAGGGGAAGGGCUAGGGGUUCUACUUCAUCAUUGAAACGGGGAAGGAAAUCAGAUAAUUCUUCAAUUCACAAAAUGUUCAUGAACCAAGAUGAUGACGAUGAUGAUGAUGAUGAUGAUGAUGACAUUGCAAACAGGAUGAAGAAGACUCAACCUCGGGUAACUCGGAAUUAUGGUGCUCUAAGGAGAUGAUCACAUCAAAGAGUUCUCUUGUUCAUCCUGGAAUGCUGGUUGGUCACGGCUGAAUCACCUUAUAAGAAGCCAUCUGUUUAGGUUUCCUAGAUUCCUAAGAACAUGGCAAACGAUAUAUCAAGCAGCCAAACUCUUUUUGCAGUUGGUAGAAAAUUCACAGAAUACACUGAUCUGCAUUUUAAGUUUAGAGCUUCAUUUGAAUGUUCACCUGGCAGGGAUGCCGUGUGUACAGUAUUUGCCUUUGCCAUUCCAAAUUAUAGCACUAUAAAUGGUAUCCCUUUGUCCAAAUUCGAUCUGUUAAUUGGAUCAAAUAUGCAUCUAUCCCAAUUCAAUUCAAUA